AUGAAGUUCGGUGAGCAAUUAGCGUCACAUUUGACACCGGAAUGGCGAAAACAAUACAUUGACUAUGAGAGAAUGAAGAAUUUAUUGUAUUCUGAUAUGAUGGAAGUUCCAGCUGAUGAUGAUAGAAGAGAAGAGCACAUUUCACGGCUCGACGAGAAAUUCUUCAAUGAAUGCGAUCAAGAAUUAACCAAAAUCAAUCUAUUCUUCUCGCAAAAAAUCGCCGAAGCCCAAGGCAAAUAUCACGAACUCCAGACCGAACUUCAAACCUACAAAGAUGUGUUGCAAUCGAGAAAUGAGCCGAAGAAGCGGCUCAGAUUUGGGCCCAAGGACAAAAUGCAUAAGGAGGCUACGAGGAAUGAGCAACAAUUGAAAUUGGCGUUUUCGGAAUUCUAUUUGGGCCUUGUUUUGGUGCAGAAUUAUCAGCAAUUGAAUGGAACUGGUUUUAGGAAGAUUUUGAAGAAGCACGAUAAAUUGACGGGGAAUGAGAAAGGAUUGGAUUGGCGGAUUAAUAAGGUGGAGAAGUCCAGCUUUUUCUUGAAUCGAGAAAUUGAGACGUUGAUUACGAAUGUGGAAACGAGUGUUAUUAAUGAGCUAGAAGCGGGAAAUCGACAGGCUGGAAUGAAGAGAUUGAAGGUUGGCUUUUGGGAUUGA